AUGAGUGUCGUUGGAAUAGAUUUUGGUGCCCAAUCUACAAAGAUUGGUGUUGCCAGGAACAAGGGCAUUGACAUUAUCACAAAUGAAACUUCCAAUCGUCAGACACCGACUGUCGUCGGGUUCGGACCCAAAAGCCGAUACCUCGGAGAGGCCGCCAAAACCCAGGAAAUCUCAAAUCUCAAAAACACAAUUAGCUCUCUCAAGCGUCUCGCCGGUCGAACCAUCAACGAUCCUGAAGUCGCCAUCGAACAGCAGUUCAUCACUGCGCCAUUGGUCGAUGUCAAUGGUCAAGUCGGAGCCGAAGUCACAUACCGGGGCGAAAAGGUCAAGUUCUCCGCCGUCCAGCUGAUUGGCAUGUACUUGGGCAAGAUCAGAGACACCGCAAGUAAAGAGUUGAAGUUACCCGUCUCCGAUGUUGUCAUUGGCUGCCCCCCAUGGUUUACGGACUCCCAGCGACGUGCCAUGUUGGAUGCCGCAGAGGUCGCCAACUUGAAACUCCUCCGCCUUAUCAACGACAACACCGCCAUCGCGCUGGGCUAUGGCAUCACCAAAUCUGAUCUGCCAGAGGGUGAUGCCAAACCCCGUCGAGUUGUCUUUGUGGAUAUCGGUUACAGCGAUUACACCGUGUCCGUUGUUGAGUUCCGAAAGGGCGAGCUGUCCAUCAAAUCUACGUCCUUUGACCGACACUUUGGUGGCCGCAACUUUGAUAAAGCACUUGUGGACCACUUUGCUGCCGAGUUCAAGGAAAAAUUCAAGCUCGACAUCACCACCAAUCCUAAAGCCGUGACACGUGUUGCGGCGGCAGCCGAAAAACUGAAGAAGAUUCUAUCUGCCAACGCUCAAGCUCCACUGAGUAUUGAGUCGUUGAUGGAUGAUAAAGAUGUGCGAGCCAUAUUGAAACGGGAGGAACUUGAGGAGCUUAUCAAACCUCUUCUCGAUCGUGUUACUGCGCCUCUCGAACAAGCAUUGGCAGACGCAAAAUUGAAGGUCGAGGACAUCGACGCCAUCGAGAUGGUCGGUGGAACCACCCGUGUCCCGGCCAUCAAAGACCGUAUCAGCAAGUUCUUCGGAAAGCCCCUUUCCUACACUCUCAACCAAGAUGAGGCCAUUGCUCGUGGCUGUGCUUUCUCCUGCGCAAUUCUCUCCCCGGUUUUCCGUGUGAGGGAUUUCUCGGUCCACGACAUCGUCUCUUACCCGAUUGAAUUUGUGUGGGAACAAUCACCCGAUAUUCCUGACGAGGACACGAAUCUGACCGUCUUCAACAAGGGCAACGUGAUGCCAUCAACCAAGAUACUCACUUUCUACCGCAAGCAGCCUUUUGACCUAGAAGCCAAGUACGCCAAGCCCGAGUCACUGCCCGGCAAGGUCAAUCCAUGGAUAGGCCGAUUCUCGGUGAAGGGCGUCAAGGCUGAUGAGAAGGAUGACUUCAUGGUGUGCAAACUCAAAGCGCGCCUCAACUUACAUGGUAUCCUCAACCUCGAGAGUGGCUAUUACGUGGAAGACGUCGAGGUGGAAGAGCCUGAACCACCCAAGGAGGGUGAAGCCAUGGAUACGGAUCAAGCCAACGGCUCGGCCGAGGCGAAGCCCAAGACACGCAAGGUCAAGAAGCAGGUUCGCAAGGGCGAUCUGCAACUCGUGGCUGGCACAUCAUCUCUAGACGACGCUACCAAAUCUGGAUUGGCAGAACUCGAGAACCAGAUGUUUAUGGAAGACAAAUUGGUGACCGACACGGAAGACAAGAAGAACGAACUUGAGGCCUACAUCUAUGAACUUCGUGGAAAGAUUGAUGAUCUUUAUGCAGAGUAUUCCAGUGAUGAAGAAAAGGAGAAGAUUCGCGAGAAGCUGGAGAAGACAGAGGACUGGUUGUAUGACGAUGGUGAUGAUGCCUCCAAAGCCCAAUACAUUGCCAAGAUGGACGAGAUUAGAUUUGUCGCUGGACCUGUGGUUCAAAGAUAUCUGGACAAAGUCGAGGCUGAGCGUGCUGCCGUCCGAAAAGCCGAAGAGGAAGCAGCAGCGAAGAAGAGGGCCGAACUCGAAGCCAAGAAGAAGGCUGAGGAAGAAGCCAAGAAGGCCGCUGAGCCCGAGGAUACGGAGAUGAAGGAUGCCGAUGGCGAGACGAUCAAGCCUGACAGUGUCGAGGAAAAGUAA